AUGAGGGCCUUCAGUUUGCUGGUUCUGUUGCCCGUGGCGCUUGCCAACCCUCUGAAUGUGCGCUCGACAGCUUGCAACAAUUCCCCUGACUUAUGCUCCAAGUCCUACGGCGAGAUCACCCACCUCGGUGCCCACGACAGUCCCUUUGUGCGCGACUCCACCACUAGCGACUCCGUCGCAGGCGACCAAUACUACGAUACCCCUACACAACUAGAUGCCGGCGUCCGGCUGGUCACAGGCCAAGUACACCAGAGCAACUCGCAAUGGCACCUAUGCCACACAAGCUGCGACCUGCUAGACGCAGGUCUAUUGAGCUCCUGGCUAGGAGACAUCAAGACCUGGCUGGACGACAAUCCCAAUGAAGUCGUCACAGUACUCCUAGUCAACUCAGACAGCGCAUCUGCCUCAGACCUAAACACCGAGUUCGAGACAGCUAACAUAACUUCCUACGCCUACGAGCCUACCUCACUCGAUUCUGCCCCAACCUCCUGGCCAACCCUCCAAACAAUGAUCAAUGACGGCAAGCGCCUCGUCGUCUUCAUCGCCUCCCUCACGACCAGCUCCAGCUACCCAUAUCUCAUGGAUGAAUUCACUUUCGUCUGGGAGAAUCCAUAUAACGUAAUCUCGCCCUCGAACUUCUCCUGCGUCCCCCAGCGUCCCUCGUCCGUCUCCGGCUCCGCCUCGACAGCUCUCUCCUCCAACCGUCUCCCGCUGAUGAACCACUUCCUGUACUCGAGCGAUCUUUCUUCCCUCGGAAUCGAGUACCCGAACGCUAGCUACGUGUCCACCACCAACGCCCCGUCCGGCGGGGUGGGUAACCUCGGCAGCACGGCGACCAAGUGCAAGUCCGCGUGGGACGGGCGUCAGCCGACAUUCAUCCUGGUGGAUUUCUUCAACCGGGGCCCUGCGAUUGAAACAGUCGAUAACUUGAAUAAUGUUACCAAUGCCGUUGGCCGUACAUCGCUCACCACCUCCGCCGCAGAGUCGAGCGACGGGUCCACGAUCAGCAACGUGUUCAAGGACUUGGUUGGACUGGCUGAGGCGGCGGCGGCGGGUUCUACGCCAACCAUGGGCAACUGGAUCUGGGUUGGUGGGAACUGGGGCAGUGUGCUUGGAGGAGGAAUCUCCCUCUAA